AUGUCUGUUGUACUGGACGAUAGAAACGCCUAUUUGAAAAGCCCUUAUUUCACCAAACACGAAUACGGAGACUUCACCCCGUUCUACAUAGCAGUCACUAUUUGCUCUGUUAUUGGGGUAUCUAUUUUUAUUUUAAAUAUAGUGCUCGGGUGUUGCUCCAGAUACAGCGGGUAUUGGCAGGAUAGACAUACAGGUAAUCGUUGGAUUGUUUCACUUUGGACAGCUACUCCCCACCAACAACCUGCUUUAGACUACACUGAGUUGCAGGACAUAUCGAUUCAACAACAACCCGCAAGUCAAGUGGAAUAUCAUCCACCAUCUCCGCAGCCAGUGAAGCAACAAUAUUUAGAGCUUAAAAAACGUGAAAGCGACAUUUAA